UCAUAUCAUCGUACUCGGAUCUAUCUUCACCAACUACACACACACACAUUGGACCUCAUCCUACAGUCUCCAUCUCGAUACGCCCAUCCAUGGAUUGGUUCCUUGGGCACGUGAACUCAUACCCACACCCACAUGUGCACCCACGGCAGUCCGUGCAUACUCAGAUAUUCAUGUACAUAUCCUCUGGGGUCUGUAAAGUGCCACGCCUUGGUCGUGCCACACCGACAAAACAGACGAGGCGGGGGUCGUCUUACAUCCACACAUCCACCCUCAACUUGCAUACAUACCUACCUGCUCUCGCUUUGUAACGAGUCGGCCUCGGCGUCGGCACCUCGCCGACAUUGAACACGAUGGAUCUUGGGUUUUACUCUUCCUGUCUUUGUCUGCCUAGUAACCGCAAGUCUUUGAUGGGGCCGCGACUACUGACUAGUAGCCACACUCUGCGCAUCAUUCUCUGUCAUUCAAGAAUCAUAGUUGGCCAUCUCUUCCUCGCCAGGCCCAUGUCACUUACCGACGUCACCCAGUCCUCUAACCUCAACCUGUGAAUCAUAGCUGGUUAAGCUUCGGACAUGGCUUGGCACAUGCAGCACCCCGGCGAUUAAAUCAACGUGCAGAGCACCCGUUGAUCAGCGCUUUAGCUCUUCCCUGGCCUUUGAGCAGGGCUGUUGAACGAAUUGCGCUUCCGGGCACUUCCGGAUGCUAACCGCAGCUAUCUCACGCCUGGCAGCCAGUCGUCCAUCUUCACCGUAUUCUGCACUGCACCAUGGCUGACUUGGGGGAGCAUAACAAUCUUGAAUUUGCGACUCCGCCAGAACCUCCGUGCCGCUGUUCGCCAUGCGACAUGGAUAUUUGUAAACCAACCACCAUGGUCUAAUUCAAGCAACAACAGCCUGUGCCCAAGUGUCAUGUUUGUUUCGCCAUCUUGUUCGUUCGUACGAUGCUUCAGAAACAUCAAACGAUCAGAACCCCAUCAUGACUGGGAAGUUCGUACGAAGAGCUGCCUCAAGCCCACAAAUCAAUCAAUCACCAUGACUCACAACACAUCUGACGCUCUUGGCGCAUCAAUUCUUGCGAUCGAGUUUUAUGGUCAUUGCACGUUUUUCUUCAGGUUUUUUUUUCUUCUUCUUUUUUCUUCACGUCGCUUGUGGGUCGUCAUCUUCCCACAUGGCCCCCGUCAUCCAGAUUGCCUUGAGCUGAGGAAUCCCUGUCUAGGCAGCGGAGUGAUGCUCUUCUCGUAUAUCUUAUAA